AUGGAGCAAGACGUCAAAUCAUCAUGGAAACAACUAUUUCUAUUUACAAAACGAUCACACACAGGGGCUCUCAUAGCCGCUCUAUUAGCAGCUGGGUUUACAGCAGGUUUUAAAACCGUUCUGUCUGUCAUUCUUGGGAAAAUCUUCGAUAUUAUCGCAGGCUUUGGGAAUGGCUCACUCGAUGGGGAUCAGGCCCUGGCACAAAUAUCGGAUUGGGCACUGGUCCUUCUCGGUCUGGGCAUUGGGAAUUGGAUCGCAAGUACAGCGUUUCUUGCGCUCUGGGUAAUCUUUGGGGAGCUACAGGCAUGCAGUGUCCGACAUGACAUAUUUAUGAGUCUCCUGUCCAAGGAUAUAGCCUGGUUCGAUGCCCAGUCCGAAGGUAUCUCGAGUCUUCUUAUCAGGAUCCAAACCCAAACCCGAGAACUACAACUCGCAUCCUCUCAGGUCCUAGGUCUCCUCGUUGGCGACAUCAUCACCUCCUUCGCCUCCUUAGGCAUCGCUCUCUACUACUCCUGGAAACUCACUCUUGUUCUCCUGGCCACACUUCCCAUCUCAGCAGUUGUCCUAUCUCUCGCAACUAGACGCCUGGAACCCGCAAUCCAAGCUCAAAAGCGCGAAUUGGCUGUAGCUUCAAAAUUCGCCGUUGCCUCAAUCACAGCUAUCGAUCUAGUCAAGGUCUUCAAUGGCUAUGACCAAGAGGUCUGGCAGUAUUAUCCAGCUGCCAAAGCUGCAGCGAAGCAGUAUCUGAUCCAAGCACAAUGCAACGCUCUCCAGAUGGGCUACGUUGCCUUCUGGGUUGUGGCCAUGUUUGUCGUAGGGUUUUGGUACGGCGUUGUGCUUGUCAACAACGAUGGUCUCCCAGCAGGUAGUGUUUUGACGACCUUUUACGCUACACUGGCAGCGUUCCAGGGUAUUGAAGCAUUGAUGCCACAAUGGCUGGUUCUCGCGAAGGGUAUGUCGGCUGGCAGUUUCCUCUCUGGAAUUACUCACAACAUGCGGAACGGUGGGUUGUUCAAACCUAUGAUUGGAGCCUCAAGGCCUCAUUUCUGUAGCGGCGAUAUUGAACUGAAAGAUGUGAGCUUCGCAUAUCCUUCAAACCCAGCACACAAAGUACUCCAAGAGUCAAGCUUCUUCUUUCCUUCUGGUGAGAUGACUUUCAUAGUCGGAAGAAGCGGCUCCGGGAAAAGUACGCUGGGAAACCUCAUCAUUGGUUUUUACGAGCCACUAGGUGGGCAGAUUUCUGUUGACGGCAAACCAUUACAGAUCCUCGACAAACAAUGGGUCCGUGAGAACAUCACCUUGAUUCAGCAAUCGAGCGUUUUAUUCAACGAGAGCUUCCUGAAGAAUGUGGCGUUCGGUCACCGCGACCCUGAUGGAGCAAGUCGAUCCCAAAUAAUGAGCGCUUGCGACGCGGCAUUGCUCCAGUCCACGCUUGCAGCUCUCCCCGAAGGCCUUGAUACCGAUGUUGGCGCCGACGGAUACAAUCUUAGCGGCGGACAGAAGCAGAGGCUGGCACUAGCUAGAGCUCGACUUCGUGAUCCGCCAGUACUCAUCCUGGAUGAGAUCACAAGUGGCCUUGACCAGGUCAGCAGAACGCUCAUUAUGGAUGCAAUUCGUGCCUGGCGGAGGGGAAAGACAACCAUCAUUAUAACACACGACGUCGCUCAGAUCGAGGCCCACGACUUUGUGUAUGUGAUGGAUAAUGCAUCCCUUGUGCAGGAAGGUUUCAGGAAGGAUCUAGAGAAGCAGAUCGGUAAGACUUUUGCUACCCUCGCAUCCAGCACCCCAUCGGAUACAGUAGAUACGACGAUUGAAAUAACCGUCAACUCACCAACCUCGCCUCUUUCUCCUCUUUCUCCUUUAUUCCCUCCUCCUGGCAGGGCAUCACGCCUUUCGCAAAUGUUUGUUGGAGAGCUCGAGUCCUUCAGUCCAGCCUCAGCCAGUGCGUCACGUCGCAUGACCCUCGGAGCGAACACAGCAGCUGCAUUUCGCAUCCGGACAGCCCGCGCCUGGGACAUGGAGACCUUUUCUGAGGUUGAUCGACCAAGGUCGGCUGCCAUCAGCAUUCCAAUGACAAUCUUCGACGAUGAGAAGCAUAACAGUACACUCAGAAGUCGAAGCAGCUUGGAUGGCUUCGAGACUUCAUGCACGUUAGGCCCGCUCGAUGAACCUGAGUACCUAUUUGGUGGUGCAGAGCGUCCUAAGAGUAUUACCAGGCUUCGACAGGCGAGGUACGAUGACAAGCUUCAGACUGACAAGGCGGACGACAAAGACAACGAGACUAAGGAUCUCCCGCCCCCAAUGCCUUUGGCUGCGAUUCUCAAGACAGUCUGGCCAGCUCUCGGACGUGGACAUCGGGUUCUUCUCGUCCUUGGAGUACUUACCUGUUUGAUUGGAGCAGGAUCUAUUCCUGCAUUCGCUUAUUGCUUUGCACAGCUUCUAAGUGCAAUGUGGUCUCAAGGCGACAAACUAGAAGAGGGCAAAAGGUGGGCAAUCUAUCUCAUCGUCAUUGCCGUCAUGGACGGACUUUGCACUGGCGGUGGUCGUUAUCUUCUCGAGAUGGUAGGCCAAGCCUGGAUCAACACCAUCCGCGUGGAAGCUCUAAAACGAAUCCUCCGACAGCCGAGAGCAUGGUUUGAUCGGUCGCGCAACUCUCCUGGUCGCAUCAACGAAUGCCUUGAUCGGAAUGCCGAAGAGAUGCGCAACAUCGUUGGUAGAUUCUUGCCCAUCAUCAUCACAGUUACCGUCAUGAUCAUCGCCGCCGUUAUCUGGGCCCUCAUCAUAUCCUGGAAACUCACGCUCGUCACUCUCGCGCCGCUGCCUGUCGUUAUGGGCGCAGUCAAAGGCUAUACCAUUAUCAGUGGGAAGUGGGAGGCGCGCUGCAACAAGGGUGCAGAAGAUGCGAGUGCUGCUCUGACCGAGAUAUUCCUCAACAUCAGAGUUGUACGAGCACUUACCCUGGAAAAGUACAUGAGUGCGAAGUAUCUCAAAACAGUGAUGCACACCCUGAGCCUAGGAAAGAAGAGGGCUGGGCACGCAAGCACGCUCUUUGGGCUGUACCAAUCAGUGAACUAUCCCCUCACAGCCCUGGUGUUCUAUUACGGGACCGUACUGCUGGCAUCGGAGAGGGCAAUCACAGCGACAGCCGUGGUGGCAGUUGUCAAUCUCCUUCUGUUUAGUAUGGGCACAGCGACCAGUAUUCUUAGCACGAUACCACAGGUCACCAUGGCCCAAUCUACCGCGGCUCAGAUGUUGGGCUACGCAAACAUGCCCUUGACGCCAAAAACCGAGGGUCGCGGGAAACAGAAGCCAAAGACACCACUUCCAGUGCGACUCGACAAUCUUGAGUUCUCGUAUAAGGCACGCUCAGAGAGGUCGGUGCUGCGAGGCGUAUCGUUUGAGGUAACUGCUGGAGAUUGCCUGGCCAUUGUCGGUCGAUCUGGUUGCGGCAAGUCAACAAUUAUCUCGCUCAUGCUGGGUCUCUAUACCCCUUCCGAAACUGCAAUUUUCAGCAGAGAGGGACCGCUUAGCUUUGCCGGCGUCUCCCAUGAAAAUAUCGACAUUGAGCAUUUACGUUCGAUGAUGGCUUAUGUGCCACAAACACCCUUCCUUUUCCCAGCCACCAUUGCAGAAAACAUCACGUACGGGUUGAGCGAGCUUUCGCCUCAGCGUCAGUUCCCCAAUGUCAUGGCCGCCGCAAAAGCAGCUGGGCUUCACGAAUUUAUCGCAUCGCUCCCUGACGGCUACAACACUCGUGUCGGCGACGGAGGCCAAGCUCUUUCAGGUGGUCAAGCGCAACGUCUCAGCAUCGCGCGUGCACUAGCUCGUAAGCCAAGACUCCUCGUGCUGGACGAGCCUACCAGUGCACUGGAUGCAGAGAGCGCAGAGAUGAUCCGACACACCAUGCAGAGGAUCGCGAGGAAGUCGAAGCGAGAUAUGGCAAUUGUGGUAGUAACGCACAGUAAAGAGAUGAUGGCAAUCGCAGAUCGGAUUGUGGUGCUGGAGGAUGGUAUCAAGGUUGAGGAGGGGAGUUAUCAUGAAUUGCUGCAAGCCAGAGGACCAUUUUGGGAGGUCAUUGGUGAAGGAGGCUGGGAUAAGAGCAAGGAAUAUGAGUGA